UUUUAAAAUAGUUUUUCUUUACUUUUGGAGGGAAAAUAUUUCUUUGUUUAGUAUUUCAAAUAAGCUUAUUAUAAAUCCACAAUUACACACAUGCAUACUACAUACGAACGUAUGUGAUAUACGCAAUUACUUUUGACACUUUUUGACAAGCAACUUGCAUGUAGGUUAUUUGUAGAGAAUUAAUGUGUAACGUGCCAAGUUCUUAUUUUCUUCAAUUUAUAUAUAAAGGAAGACUAUCAUAAUUUUUUAAGGUAGAUACUCCAAUUUAAAGCAUUUUAUAAACGGACGCAAUUUUAAAAAUUUGAAUAUUAUAACUCUGAAUCUUGAAUACUAAAAUUAACGAAAUGCGUGAUAUGAUAUAACCAAUGAAAUAACAUAAUAAAAAAAAUUAUUGAAUAUAUCUAAAGUGAUAUUACGGAUUGGUGUCAAAUAUCGUGAUAUGCAGAAUGUUAACUUAAAUAAAUGCUCUAGUAAUGUAGAAAACACAGUUUCGUAUGACACUGCAAAAUACGACGUAAUUGAUCAUGAACUGGUAACUUCACCGCAAGUAUGUUAGUAUUUUACUUGAUUAUCAAUAAAAAAAAUUUAUAAAUUAUGAAAAAAAAAAUAUGAAAUUUCUACUUAUAAUAUCCUAUAAGUAUUUAACUUGUUGGCAAAAUGUUUUAUAUAUAAAUAUUCAUUAUUACUGAACAUGUGUGUAUACACACAUACACAUAAUAUAUACAUAUAUACUUGUAUAUUAUCACUUUAUAAAUUUAAUAUUAUCGAUAACUGUAAUUUUUAAUUGUAUACAUCAAGAUAGCAAAAUUAAACGAAGUUAUAGCAAAUUUAAAAGAUGCUAUACAGAUAAAAGAUAUACAAUUAGAAAAUUCACAUCGAGAGAAGAGUAGGUUACUAGCGGAGCUAAAGAAGCAACAAAGAUGUAACAGGAAUCUUAAACGUAAGACUUAGUCAUUAUAAGUGAUUUUUAAGAUGUAUGUGCAUUAAAACUUAAAAUAUUAUACUUUUAUUUACAAUCAAAUUUUAUUGUACACUGUCAUAGUAUAAUAUAAAUAAAAUAUGUAAUUUUGUAUACCCCAUCAAUAUAUUUUCAUAAAAUCAAGAUUUUAUUAGGCAUUAUUUGGAAUAGUUUCAGGGGCUAUUCUAAUAAGCUUCAAUAAUUUGACCUAUUUCAACAAAUAUCUACUAAAACAGUAUAUAUCUAUUGAAAUAGGUCAAAUUACAGUAUUAAUUAUUUUUAUUGUAGAACAGUUAGAUGGCGAGAGAAUUUUCUAUCAAAGGGAGAAAGAUUAUUUCAUGGAAGAAAUGCAACGGUAUAAAAGCAGAUAUAUCAGCAAUGCGUCCAAGUUUCAGCGACAAAGGUAUAAAGAGCUUGAAGAAGCGCAAGAUUCCUUGGAAAGAGAAAAUAAGCGGCUCAGAACGGAAUUGACAGAUAAAAACAAAGUUACGUAUAAUCUAUGCGUGAAGUUUCUUCGUAUGAAGCAUGCUAAGGACACAUUAAGACAUAAAUUGGAUCAGUUGCUGCAUGAGCAUUUGCUGGUAAUGGCGGAGAUGAUGGAGAAAUUGGACGAGGCGAGAAAGGAACUCAAUUUAAUUGUAUCGGAGAAAUUUCAGGAACCGUUGCCCCUUAAUAAAGCUAAAUUUCUACAAGUUGUACAAAGGAAUAACAGAUUGACGUAUGAAAAUGCAACACUAAAGGUGCAGGUUCAUCAACUUACCGAAAACGUGGAAAAAUUGAAGAGCCAAAUGCAAAAAUCAAAAAAGAUUAAUGUGGAUGCUAAAAUUAUUGAAAAAUUAGCAACGCAAAGCAGUACAAGGUCCGCUCUAAAUAAAACAGAAAAAAUCGCUGUGCUUUCUAAACUAUCUCAACCUAUGGAUCAUAGUGAAGACGCGGAAACAAUCUCGCAAGUGAAUUCUGAGAGUGCAGAUGACUGUGUGUUUAAUGAUACGAGACACGUUAAAAGCGAUUCUACAAAAUUUCACGCGGAACGCGCUCAAAGCGCGCCAGGAAUUGUAGCAACACCCACUGUUCCUCGACUAAAUAGAUGAGUCUUCAAAACAGAUAAUAUGUGUGUGUGUGUGUGUGUGUAUAAAUAUAUUGCCACACAGCACAAACUUACAAGGGAUUUCUAAGAUCAUUUGAACAUCUUAAAGACGUUCCACAGAUGAAGUAUAUAUGCUGUGUGUAGGAUUGAUACUUGUUUUGAUAGCUUCAUUAAUCCAUUGACGUGUAAGAACUAUAAUAUAUAAUCGCCUUCGCUUGUUAAUAAUCGCCAAAAAUUUAUUUUACAUACUCGAAUGAUUACAGGGAAGCACACAAGUCCCAAUUUGAAGCAAAACACUUAACCCCUUCGUGCCUAUUUUUUUUCCUAGGAAAAUAAGCAUCUAAUUUUUACUAAAAGUUUUUAGAGUCACCGAUUAUGAAUCUGUAGUUAAAAUUUCAAAAUUCUAAAUAUCGAGCUAAAAUCCAACGUAAUUAUUUAUCAUUUUGGUUCACAAUAUUCGCCAUUUUUUAUUUUAAAAUUUUUUACUGUAGAUUCGUCAUCAGCGACCUCAGAAUAUACAAAUUUACAUGAAUAUAACAUUUAGCAUUUAGGUUCGCUAAGUUGAAUCCGCUAUUUUUAGAUUAAAUAACUGUUUUUCAACGGCUCUUACAUUGACCUUGAAAUAGACUAGCAAGAACUUACUGUAUUAAUUUUUAUGAAAGGUAUACACAUACUUUUCGUUUUUUACUCUAUUUUACUCUAUUUGAUAAGAUAGGCAGAUCAAGGGAUAAAACUCACAAAGUUCUUGAUUUUCUUUGUGAAGAAUCCUAAUCUUUCACCUUUACAAUUAGCCUAGAAAGAAAUUGCUAUCUUUAUCUUUGCAGGAGAUAUGAAUUUUUGAUGUUUAUAAUGUACGUCCAACCGGACACG